CCCCCCCGGCCCCCUAGUGCUGCCGGCCCCGUGCCCAGCCCAGUGCCCGGGAGAGGAGAUGGGCGCAGGACGGGGCGUCCCCAUGGCCCAGCUGGCCCUGCUCACCCUGCUGGCCCUGCCGGGCACUGGGGCGGUGAGAGUGGACCACGUGCACUUCCAGGCCGAGUUCUACCAGCGGACGGACCGGUCCCAGCAGGGGUCAGGGGAAUUUGUGCAGGGGUUUGAUGAGGACGAGAAGUUCUACGUGGACCUGGAGAGGAAGGAGACCGUCUGGCGCCUGCCCGACUUCGGCAAGUUUGUCAGCUUUGAUGCCCAGUUCGCCCUGCGCAACGUCGCCAUAAGCAAGUACAACCUGGAGCUCAUGAUCGAGAGCACCAACCAGACGCAGGCCCAGAACGUGCCCCCUGAGGUGACCAUGUUCCCCGAAGACCCCGUGGAGCUGGGGGAGCCCAACGUCCUGAUCUGCUUCGUGGACAAGUUCUUCCCGCCCGCGCUCAGCGUGACGUGGCUGAAGAACGGGCAGGAGGUGACGGGGGGCGUCUACGAGACCGACUUCUACCCCCGCCAGGACAACUCCUUCCGCAAGUUCUCCUACCUGCCCUUCCUCCCCAGCCAGGGCGACUUCUACGACUGCCGAGUGGAGCACGGGGGGCUGGCCGAGCCCUUCACGAAGCACUGGGAAGCCCAGGUGCCCACCCCCGUCCCCGAGACCACAGAGACCCUGGUGUGCGCCCUGGGCCUGGCCGUGGGCAUCAUCGGCAUCAUCGCGGGCACCAUCCUCAUCAUGAAGGGGAUGAAGAUGAACGCCGCCCGCAACCCGCGGGGCCCCUUAUAAACACAGGGAGGAGCCGGGGCCCCCAAAUCCCCCAGGUGCCUCUUUGUGAGACCUGCUCCAGCAUCCCCGCUCUGCACCCGUUGGUGCCAGCUGCUGUACCCAGACCUCUGGUCCCGUAACCACGCUGAGCCAACACGCUAGAGACUCAUCAGAGAGCUGCCCCCUUGGGCUCCCCCAUUCUCUGCACUCCUGUGCUGGGCUUGGGGGGGGGCACCUAUCCCGGGAGAGGGCUGCUGCCCAUGGGGCUGGGAAUGGGGGUCGCCCCUUGUCAGGGGGCAGCAGGGCCCACGGGGCUGAUCCAAACCCCACUGCCGUCAUGGGGAAGGUUUCUCUUGACUCCAGUGGGCGCUGGAUUGGGCCCCGAGCCCAGCCCCUAUUGGCCAGAGGCUGCUGUCAGUCACCCCAGGUAAAGCCCCUCCAGCCAUUACCCAGAAGGCUUUGGGCCAGAUUCAGCCAUUCCCGGUCAAUAGGGUCCCUGUGGGGUGGGAUCAGGCCCAUGGCUGGGGGUAGGGCAGUCCCAGCACCCAGGUGCGGCUCCCUCGGGGUCCAGCCCUGCUGAGCCCAGCGCCCAGCGCGGGGUCUGUGUGGGACGGGCCCAGUCCCUGUACAGCCCCCGCCCUGGGCCCCGGGUGUGUCACAGCCCAGCGCCCCCCCCCCCCCCAUCGCUCUGCAGCUUUGCCAACAGCAAUAAAGUGGGUUUGGGACGUU